AAUGACGGAACCAUUUCAAGACUAUAAACUACAAGCCUCCCAGCCCUGACCUGGCUGAUAGAGAUCAGAUGCUGACUGGAUAGAAGCUGCCCCAGUCCUGGGUCCAUGAUGUACGCACCACUUGAAUUUUCAGAAGCUGAUUACCCACGAGUUGAAUAUCAAAGAAGACAGCAGUUUUGGGAUCCUAUACGUCUAGCUCUUUUCACUUUGGCAAUUGUAGCAAUCAUAGGAAUUGCAAUUGGUAUUGUUACGCAUUUUGUUGUUCAGGAUGAUAAGUCAUUCUAUUACCUUGCCUCUUUUAAAAUCACAAAUAUAAAAUACAAAGAAAAUUAUGGAAUGAAAAGCUCAAGAGAGUUUAUAGAAAGAAGUCAUCAGAUUGAGAGAAUGAUGUCUAGGAUAUUUCGACGUUCUGGAGGGAGUCGGUUUAUCAAAUCUCACGUCAUCAAACUGAGUCCAGAUGAACACGGCGUGAAAAUUCUUAUGGUGCUCAUGUUUCGAUACCCGUCUACUGAUAGUGCUGAGCAAAUCAAGAAAAAAAUCGAAAGGAUUUUAUAUCAAAGUCUGAAGACAAAACAAUUGCCUCUGACUAUAAACAAACCAUCCUUUACACUCACAUCUAUUGACAGUAAAAAGAUGAGGAAUCUUCUCAGCAGCCGCUGUGGAAUAAGGAUGACAUCUUCAAAUAUGCCUUUACCAGCGUCCUCCUCUACCGAAAGGAUCGUCCAAGGGAGGGAAACAGCUCUGGAAGGGGAGUGGCCGUGGCAGGUCAGCCUCCAGCUCAAAGGGGCGGGCCAUCAGUGCGGAGCCAGCCUGAUCAGUAACACCUGGCUGCUCACGGCCGCUCACUGCUUCCGCAAAAAUAAAGACCCAAGUCAGUGGAUUGCUACUUUUGGUACAACAAUAACACCACCUGCAGUGCAGAGAAGCCUGGGGAAAAUUAUCGUUCAUGAAAACUACCGCAGAGAAACAAAUGAAAAUGACAUUGCUUUGGCUCAGCUUACUACUCGAGUUGAGUUUUCAAAUAUUGUCCAGAGAGUUUGCCUUCCAGAUUCAUCUAUAAAGUUGCCACCUAAAACAAGUGUUUUUGUCACAGGUUUUGGAUCCAUUGUAGAUGACGGACCCACACAAAAUAAACUUCGGCAAGCCAGGGUGGAAACCAUAAGCACUGAUGUGUGUAAUAGGAAGGAUGUAUAUGAUGGCUUGAUCACUUCGGGAAUGCUGUGUGCUGGAUUCAUGGAAGGAAAAGUAGAUGCAUGUAAAGGUGAUUCUGGUGGACCGCUGGUUUAUGAUAAUCAUGACAUCUGGUACUUAGUUGGUAUAGUAAGUUGGGGACAAUCAUGUGCUCUUCCCAAAAAACCUGGGGUUUACACCAGAGUGACUCAGUAUCGAGAAUGGAUUGCCUCCAAGACUGGUAUCUAGUGUGAACUGUCCAUGAACUCUAUCCAUGGCCCGUGAAGCUGAAACACUGCAUAUUGUAUAUUAUUUAUAAUCAUGUGGUUUGGAUCAGUGGUUUUUCUGGAUGUCAAGAAAUCCUCUAAGACCAAUCUAGUAUCACAAGGUGGUCUUUGCAUACAAGUGACUGAACCCUUUCUCUGCCCUGAGGGAGGAAGACACAGCAAACGGCAAUAACACCAACUCCUCACUCACAAGAGAAACUGUGAUACUUAUUAAUAAGAUCAGUAUUUACAAAUGGUUUCCCCCAAUGGAAGACAAAGAACAUCACUUUUCACAGGAUAUGAGGAGCUGCUGGGGCUGCCAAAAACCCACUGUACCUGGAGCACCUGUAACUCUUGUUGCAAAAUAUCACUCCCUGAGAAUUCAGAGUUUCAACAUUCUGGGACUGAUAGCUGGACAUUCAAUGGCUAGAAUGGAGAAGCCCGGAUUUACAAUAUAACUUGAACUCCAACCUGGGUUUGUGAAUAAUAAUACAAAGGACUAUCAUUAACAAGAAGAGUUGCCACGUAAAACAUAUUUGAGUAUAUCUGAACUUACUGUUAAUAUUGUUAUAUAUGCAAAAACUAGCUUCAGGAAGCAUGUUGUAUUGUUAAGAAACAUUUCUGAUUUAUUCUUUAAUAGCAUCUUGCCGUUCAUACAUCAAUUGAAGUUAGACCAGAAAGAAGGAAAAAGAAGAAACUUGGGAGCAUUCUUCCAUGUGUAUGAGAAAGAUAAAAAGACAGGACAUAGCUAGCAGAGUUGCUUUCAAAAGAUUAACAGCAGGAAAAACACCCCUCAGAUUUUUGGUGGAAUGAGCUAUCCAAUUAUUUAUUUAGAAAUAUCGACAUCAGCAGAUGGUAACUGGUACCUCUGUAAGUCUUUAGCUCUCUGACAGGUCAGAUAUCUAUCAUGUCAGGAGAAUUGAUUUAUAUAAGCACUUAGGACAGUACCUCAUAUAUAUUAAGAACAGCAUGGGUGUUUCCUGUAUAUGGAGGAAAGGAAAGCCUCUGUGAGCUUUAAGAUAAAUUGAUUUAAUUUGUCAAAUGAGUGAAUGACGUUAGGGCUUAAAUAUAGCCCAGAGUCUAGUGGUAGAGAGCACAGGCUUUGGAACCAGGCUGCCCAAACUUAAAUAUUGGCUCUGCCCCAUAUGAACUGUGUGUCCUUGCACAGGUUUCUUUUCUUUUUUAUUUUUUUUUAAGAUUUUAUUUAUUUAUUUGACAGA